AUGAACGGGUGUGAGUUGUUUUGUUUAGUGCGUAGCGCAUCCGUUAUUGUAGUCGAUACAAACGUGCCGUGCAAGGUGCCAGAGUGCGAGUCCACAGAUUCUAGUUUCAACGCAUCGUGGACAGCGUACGGGCUGCUCAACACUUCCAACACGUGCUACAGGGUCACACCUCUCGUAGCCAGCGUGAACUCCACAGAACACAUGGGCCGAGCUGUGUGCACUCCCGAGGACUUCGCUUUCAACAAUACGAUGGCUUGUGAUGAAGUUAUCUAUGAAAAUUACAAUAGUAUCGUAGCCGAAUUCGACCUGGGAUGUCAACCCUGGAAACGGACGCUGAUUGGCACUGUGCACAACUUGGGCCUCGUCUUCUCCUUCGUGAUUUCUGGACUUGUAUCGGACAAAUACGGACGCAAGGUGGUGAUCGUGUGCACGCCGCUAGUCGUCGGCAUCGCCGGUCUGAUCAAGUCCUUCUCGGUCAACUACUACAUGCUCUUGGUGCUGGAGUUCCUCGAGACGGCGCUGGGCUACGGGAAUGCCUCAAUGGUCCUUUCGCUAGAGCUCGUGAGUCAAAAGCGUCGAGUGAUGUUUUCGUGCAUAUCGGACAUUUUGUCAAGUUUUGGCAGCGCCUUUUUCGGGCUCAUUGCUUGGAAGGUCCCCUACUGGAGGCACAUGAUGAGAGCCAUUUACACGCCUUUACUCGUCGUCGUGUUUUAUAUAUUCCUCGUGGACGAAGGAGUCAGGUGGCUUCUGGCCCACAACAAGAACGACGAAGCUGUCAGGGUGUUGAACAAAGUGGCCAAGAUUAAUAAUAUCGAGCUUUCUAACAAAGCGAAAGUAAUGCUCUCCAACAUAACUACAGUGAAAAAUAGGGGUGAUCAGGAAGGCGAGCAGCCGCCGGAGCGACUCCACCUGCUGUCGGUGUUGCGGUCGCGCACGAUCCUGCUGAGGGUUGCGUUGAUUGCUUGUUGCUUCAUCUGCAGCACGUUCGUGUACAACGGCAUUAUCAUCAACUCUACGAGUGUGUCGGGAAACAAAUACCUAAAUUUCUCGGCUUUGCUGCUGGUGUCAGUGCCCACCCGCAUCAUCACUGCCUUCACGUUGACACGGUUUGGCAGAAAGGCACCCAUUUGUGUCGCCUACGUAUUGUGCUGCGUGUUCUUUUUUGCGUCAGCUUUUGUAUCUAAGGCUGUGUGGUGGGCGUCCGUGCUGUUCUACUUGGCCGGCAAGAUGUGCAGUAGCUACGGCAUGUUCAGCAUGUAUGUAGUCGCCAUGGAGGUGUUCCCCACCAAGUCUCGCAACUCUCUCACCAACAUCGCUAAUACUGUGGGCAGGCUCGGCGCCGUGCUCGCACCGCAGGCGCCUUUACUGGAAAAAUACUUUUCAGGACUAACGAGCAUGGUGUUUGGCAUAGUGGCGAUAGGAGCAGCACUGUUGGCGCUACUGCUGCCGGACACCAGCAAGGCGGUGUUGCCGGAUGACAUCGCCGACGCCGAGAAGAUCGACAACCAGCUGUCCGAGGAUCAGGCGCCUGUGAAUGCACAAACUGUCAGUGUCAGUGUCACGCAAGUGAAGCAGUAG